GGGGCGGAGGGUGACCCUGGCCGGACAGCGCUAACCCCGGGGGGAGAGUGGGGGCUGUCCCGAGGGAUCCUCUCCUUCCGCCGCUUACACCGGGUGUCUGAGUGUCCUUUGGUGCUCGGGUUCAGACCGCUUAGUCACCCUCCAGCCCCUGUUGUUCGUGGGAUGGGACUUGCCCUCAAUCCACGUCGGUUACGAAAAACAUUUGUAUCUUCUCUGUCUGUGAACAGUAGUGAUGUUGGCGUUUUUUAACAGGCACAGCCCUUUCUCAGCAAGUUUCCAGCCAUGACCAACACUGUAUUCGGGAACAAUACGACCCGCUGGGUCUGCCCUAAUGACCGGCAGCUCACUCUCCGAGCAAAGCUGGGGACCGGCUGGUCCGUGCACACGAACAAGACGGAGAAGCAGAGGAAGAGUGAGGAGCUGACCGAGGAAGAGAAGGAAAUCAUAAACAGGGUGAUCGCCCGGGCGGAGAAGAUGGAGGAGAUGGAGCAGGACCGAAUCGGCCGACUGAUGGACCGCUUGGACAGCAUGCGAAAGAACGUUCUUGGAGAUGGCCUCUCCCGCUGCAUCCUGUGCGGGGAGCAGCUCGGGCUGCUGGGAUCGCACUCUGUAGUGUGUGAAGACUGUAAAAAGAACGUUUGCACCAAAUGUGGAAUUGAAACACCCAGCCGACCCCGAUCCAUCUGGCUGUGCAAGAUUUGCAGCGAACAACGAGAGGUCUGGAAACGUUCUGGUGCUUGGUUCUUCAAGGGUUUGCCGAAGCAGGGUCUGCCUGAAUCAAUCCCUGUUGACAAGCAGAAUGCACAGCUGGUCAAAGCAGAACAUCCUUCACAGGAACCUCCCGGUGCUGAGCAGAACCCUUCCCACAACUGGACUCAGAGCAGAGGUCAAGCUGAAGGUGGUGCCCCAGCCGAGCACGGAGAUACGGAUGAGAAGGGAGGAAUCCGCAGAAAGUCAGGCAUGGAAGUCGAGCCUGGGCCUGCAGGCCGCGGUGCUCCCAGCUACACUUCUUCAGGAGCCUGGCCGGCAGAGCCACGCAUGGUGGCAGGCAGUGAAUGCGGAGGAGGUGAGGGUCAGGACGGGUACAGCGGUGACAUGGAGGGAAGCAGCAACAGGAGCCCAGCAGCCGGACGGCGCCACUCUCCAGCUCCAAGCUCCCGAGCUCCUGCUACCCAACACCAGGCUGCUGCUACACAGCCUCCCCAAGCAAGUGGCCCUGCAACCUAUAGACCAAGUCAGGGAUCAACUCCCAGAUACCCCGAGCAGAAGCCAACGGUGGGCUCCCCGGCCCUGUCACAUUCCGUGCCCAGUCAGCCCCCCCCAACAGUCGACUUGGGAUACGUGGCAGCGAAGGAAGAGAGAGGCGUCAGGCAAUCCAGCCAGUUUGCUGCACCCAGCGGCAGCCCCCCACUGCCUCCCUCCCACCAACAGCAACAGCAGGAUGAAGAGGAUGAGGAGGCUUAUGAUUCGGAUGAACCCACGACACUGGGAGCACUGGAGUUCAGUCUGACAUAUGACCAGGUCAACAACGCUCUGCACUGCACCAUCGUAAGAGCAAAGGGGCUGAAACCUAUGGAUUCUAAUGGCUUAGCUGAUCCGUAUGUGAAAGUUCAUCUCCUGCCUGGAGCCAGCAAGUCGAACAAGCUGCGCACAAAGACUCUGCGCAACACUCGAAACCCAGUGUGGAACGAGCGGCUAACGUACCAUGGAAUCACCGAGGAUGACAUGCUGAGGAAGACUCUCAGGAUCUCUGUCCUGGAUGAGGACAAAUUUGGUCACAAUGAAUUCAUUGGAGAGACCAGGGUUUCUCUGAAAAAACUCAAGCCUAAUCAAGUAAAGAACUUCAACAUCUGCCUGGAGAGAGUGGUGCCGGUUAAGCGAGGUUCUACGGCCAGCUCCUCACGAGGAAUGUCACUUUACGAGGAUGAGGCUGAGUGUGGUGCUGAAACGGAAGAGCGGGGCCGAAUCCUCAUCUCGCUCCUGUACAGCAGUCAGCAGGGCGGACUGAUCGUGGGAAUUAUACGCUGCGUUCAUUUGGCUGCCAUGGAUGCCAAUGGAUACUCUGACCCCUUUGUCAAAAUCUGUCUCAAGCCUGACAUGGGAAAAAAGGCCAAGCAAAAAACACAGAUCAAGAAAAAGACACUGAACCCUGAAUUUAAUGAGGAAUUCUUCUAUGACAUUAAGCACAGUGACCUGGCUAAGAAAACCCUGCAGUUUUCCGUGUGGGAUUACGACAUUGGCAAAACCAAUGAUUACAUCGGUAGUAUUAUUCUGGGCAUCAAUGCCAAAGGAGACUGCUUGAAGCACUGGUACGAAUGCCUGAAGAACAAGGAUAAGAAGACUGAACGCUGGCACACACUAUACAAUGCAAACCCUAUCCCCAGUGAUUGAGGAGUAUCCACUCGAGCCAAGGUUUUAUUUACCACCAUUAUUCACUUCCUUUACCAUUCCUCUUCUUUGUUCCUCUCCUCCUGCUUAAGUCACUUUGAUGAAGGGUCACCAGCUUCAUGAAAAAUAUUUAACCAACAUGAAUCCUUUGUUGACAUACUGGGACUAGGGUAGAAUACGUGUUUGGUACGGACUAGAAGGGUCGAGAUGGCCUGUUUCCGUGCUGUAAUUGUUAUAUGGUUACUCGAUAUGUGUUGACAUAAUCCCUCUGGAACAUCACCACAUCAGACAUGCAAGCUGCCACUGUGAGAAAAACUAUGCACGAUUCUUCCGGCAUUAUUUAUCUUAAAAAUGGGUGCCAAAUUAUGUACUGGAAAGAGUUUGUUCCAUUACGUUCCUACAUGGGUUUGUGUCUCUGUGUAGACUUUUAAGUAAAUAAACACACUCUGGUAAGAACAAGCUGAACUACACAUUGAGCUGAAGGGACCAUGUGCGCAUUUUGCUAGUUAAAUGCCAGGAUAUAUCUUUACCAGUACAGGCAGGAGACUCGUCUAUUGCCUCUGGGAAGCAACCCUCAGUUUUCAACCCCUCCUGCUGACCUACACUCACCAGGGCAGCUCUGGCACAGCUGGUAGAGAUGCUGCAUCACAGCGUCCGAGACCCAGUUUUGAUCCUGACCUUGGACGCUGUCGAUGGAGUUUACACAUCUCCCUCUGACGGCAUGCGUUUCCUCCGGGUGUUCCAGUUUCUUGGUUUCUUGGUCCUCCAAAAUAUUCCAAAUGGAAUAUUUCCUCCCACACCACAAACACAUGGGGUCUUUAAGUUAAUUUAUCUCUGUAAAUUUGCUCCUAAUGUGUAGGGAGUGGAGGAGAAAGUGGAAUAACAUAGAACUAGUGUGAACGACUGAUCGGUGUGAACUCAAUGGGCCGAAAGGCCUGUUUCCAUGUUUUAUGUCUAAACUAAAACUAAACUAAACUAAACACAACUUCACACCCAGGAGGCAGAUAGUACUUUGGGAAGGAAUUUGCCAGGAAUCCGACCUUUUUAAAUGGCGCAAGGAAUGGAAAGUGCUUCUUAGACAUUGUAUCCCAGUGGUUAAAGUUUGACUAAUUGCUGAGGUCAGAUGAUUUCUGUUCAGGUUUUUUACAGAAGGAAUUGAUGAUAUAAAUGCCAUAAAUAUAAUCUGCCAGAGAUUCGAGAACUGAUCCAUUAAAAUUGAAAAUUACGUACAACUCUUACUUAUUAAAGAUGAGGGAUGAGAAUCGGAAAUACUAGAUAGCCAGUCAUCUAGAAACUAUGGGUAGGGAUUGAGUGACUGGACCUUCUUGUAAACCUUUGAUUGAUCAGAGCGGCCUUACAUAGAGGGGGGGGAUCAUGCCUGUCACGGGAGUGGCAAGUUUAGGUUAGUAGUCUUAGUUCAGAUAAGAGAUCCAGCAUGGAAACAGGCCCUUCAGUCCACUGAGUUCGUGCCAACCAGGAAUCACCCAUAGGCUAGUUCUAUCAUACAUACUAGGGACAAUUUACAGAAGCCAAUUAAUCUACAAACCUGCACAUCUUUGUGAUGUGGGAGGAAACUGGAGCACCUGGAGAAAACCCACGUAGUCACAGCACGAGCAUACAACUCCAUACAGACAGCACCUGCAGUCAGGGUAGAGCUCGGGUCUCUGGUGCUGUAAGGCAGCAACUCUACCACUGCGUCAUCUCUGGAUGUUCUUUCUAAGGUCUUAAAGAGGUCAUUCCAUGAAGUCGCUCAUUGAGCUAGUUUAGUUUAGUGUAAUAUAUUAUUCUCAGCUGUACUGAGGUAUCCAGUCAGAGAAAAUACUAUACUUGAAUACAACCAAGCUGCCCACAGUGCACAAAUAAAGGAUAAAGGGCAAAACAGUUAGUGCAAAGUCUGAUAAAGUCGAAUUAUAAAUAAUUCAAAGGUCUCCAUUGAGGUAGAUGGUAGAUUGAAACUGAAAGCAGUUUAUUGAGCAAGCAAGGAAACUGCCAAACAGCAGCACAGUAAAUAGGGAUCAUGUGUGGGUAGUCACAUUGGCAGCACCUGGCACUGUGUUCAUCAAGGAUCUGGUUUGCUAGAACUGUUUACUAUAUUUAUGAAUUACUUAAAUGACAAGAAAGCCUUGAGUUCAAAUUUACUGAUAACACAAAAUAUUGCAUGCAGUGUAGACCAAAGCAUUAAUUGAGGGCUGCUGUACUUCAUCAAACAAUGUCAGCAUAGGCAAAUGUAAGGUCGUCCAUUUUGGACAUUAAAAAAGUAGCACUUCCAAACCAGUGAAAUGCUGGAAGCAGUGGAGGUCCAUGGAAACGUAGGGCAGAAGUGGAAGGAGAUGCCAGUGCACAUAGAUCAUUAAGAUGUCAUGGGAAAGUUAAAUGGCCGGAGGAGGCACACGUAGACCUGAUUUUCUUCAGCACUCCACAACUCCUCCUCAACAGAUGCUGCUCAAUCCGUUGAGUCCCUCCAGUAAUUUGCUUUAUGCUUGAGACUGAGAGGUCUGUGGCACAAGGAGAAAACAGUUAUGCUUCAGCUGUACAAAGCCCUGGCCGGAGUGCUAUGGGCAUUUCUGGGCACCACGUUUAGUUUAGCUUAUUGUAUUCCAAGGUACAGUGAAAAGCUUUUUUGUUGCGUGCUAUCCAGUCAGCGGAAAGACUAUACAUGAUUACAAUUAAGCCGUCCAUUGUGCACAGAUACAGGAUAACGUCAAUAACAUUUUAGGCAAGAUAAAGUCCAGUGAAGUCUGAUUAAAGGUAGUCCGAGGGUCUCCAAUGAGGUAGAUGGCAGGUCAGGCAUGAUAGGAUGAUGAGGAAGAACAUGCCAGGCUUGAAAGGUGUGUUCAAUUUCUUAUCUGGGCCUUCAAGCAUUAAAUUAAGAUGAAUAAUUAAACAAGUAGGGUUGCUGCUUCAAGGAAUUUCAAGUGGUUGAAGGCAAAUGGGUCACGGGAGUUUAAACAUUCUUUCUGCAAAUGAGAAUUUCUGUUCAAUCAAUUGUUAAUCUUUGAUUGGGAUAUUAAUAGAUCGUUGUUGAGCGACAAUACUCACCUAGUUGGUCACAAACCACAAAGGUGGCACGGUGGCGCAGCUGUAGAGCUGCUGCCUUACAGCGCCAGAGACCCGAGUUCGAUCCUGACAAUGAGUGGUGACUGUACGGAGUUUGUACAUUCUCCCAGUAACCCUGUCAGUUUUCUCCAGGUGCUCCGGUUUCCACCCACAUUCCAAGGACAUGCAGGUUUGUAUGUUAAUUGGCUUCUGUAAAUUACCCCUAGUGCGCAGGAUAGAACUAGUGUUUGGGUGAUUGCUGUUCGGCGUGGGUCUUAGUGGACCGAAGGACCUAUUUGUGCGCUGUAUCACACUCCUGUUCAAAUGUUUCUGGAUAAAAACCUAUACAGGUAAAGAUCCAAGUGUCGGAAAGGCCCCUUCAACCAAGAAAGGAACGGAGAUCAAUUCAGCAGCAACACCGUAAAGAAGGCAGCUUUAGAGAUUUAUUUUAGAGAGAUACAGCAUGGAAAUUGGCCCUUUGGUCCACCGAGUCCACUGGGUUAAAAUGGCCUGUUCAACCCAUCAUCCACGCAUUUGCACUAAUCUAAUCCAAGUGUAUUCUCUCCAUAUUGUUCCCCUUCAGCCACCUGCUGAAUGAGGUGGAAUCUCUGCCCCCAUGAUACUCAUGCCCCCAAAUUUAAAAAAUCCAUGUUGAUUAUUUCCAAUCCAAAUGUAUUUUUGACCAAAACUGUGACCGCAUGGGGUUGCUCCAGUAACCUCCCACAUCCCAAAGACGUACAGGUUUGUAGGUUAAUUGGCUUGUGUAAAUUGCCCCCAGUGUGUAAGACAUGGAACGAGUGCAAGCGAUGAUCGAUGGUCAGCGUUGACACGGUGGGCCAAAGGACCUGUUUCCACGCUAAUCUCUCUAAACUCUAAACCUCUACUGUUCCAUUUUCAGCAAUAUCAAGCCACAGACAAGGUGAAGAGACCAGUAUUAAAAGGGAAAUAAAUUAAAUUCAAGUGCUCAAAGCUGCAAUGGAAAACCACUGAACAUUUGUUGAUGAUUUGGUCAUUGUGACAUUUAGCUCCAACUGUAAAUAGGAAAAAGAAGGAGAUUGGGUCAUUUGUACUCGCCUUCCUUUGUGUGAGAUUAUAAUGCAGACUGUGUCCUUAUCUCAUUAACCCUGGAGCAAGGUUAUGACGUCAGCAGGAGGUGGUUCUGCGUUAGGAUGCCACUUAUCAUGAUCCGAAAGCUUGAAUCAUGAACUUGAAUCAAGGGAGAUUACUUUGGAUUGUACAGGGUAUGUGGCAGAGAGUCAGAGCAGUGAGCCCAGCCAAUCCAGGCUAGCAUAUAUGUGCUAUUACAGUCAAUGCAUGUUCCUGUAUUCCCUUCUCCCUCUUCGGCUUGUGCAGCCUCCUCAUAAUAUAGGCUCCUCAUACAGAACGGAAACAGGCCUUUCAGACCAACUGUGUAGGAAGGAACUGCAGGUACUAGUUUACAUGGAAGAUAGACACAAAAUGCUGGAUUACCUCUGCGGGUCAGGCAGCAUCUGUGGAGAAAAGGAAUAGGUGACGUUUCGGGUCGUGACCCUGACGGUGGUUCUGGCUGAGAUGGCACAAGGAGGGCAGUGCCCCCUUGGCACAUCUGGUAGGUUACCCCCCCCCCCCCCAGGUCCACGGGCUUGAGGUAGAUCUAUGGCUCAGAGUAAACGGAUCCACGUGCAGGUGGUGCUGGACACUGAGGUCGCCAUGAAUGGGCUCUCCAUGAAUGGGCUCUCUGUGGAUAGGUUGUCCAUGGAUGGGCUCUCCAUGGAUGGGCACUCAAUGGAUGGCCUGUUGCUGUGGUUACUGAGCUUGGCUCCACCAUCAUUCAUGGAUGAUCCAUAAUCAAAUGCUAUGGGGAGAAGGUGGGAAAAUGGAGUUGAGAGGUAAAGAUAGAUUAGCCAUGAUUGAAUGGUGGAGUGGACUCGUUGGGCUGAAUGGCCUAACUCUGUUCCUAUGACAUGAACUUAUGGAGACACUCUCAUCCCUUACCCUGGAGAGUUCAGAGUCACCUAAAUUUUGGAAAUUUAAUCAGAACAACAUCAGAUUGUCACUCGCGAGCAUUUUAGGGGAUUAAUACAAAAUCAGGUAAUAGUUAUGAUCUUGGUUUUAAUUAAAACCAUAUAAUUUUUAACUCUUGUGGCACAUCAACAAAUUCUACCUAUACCCACAUCUAAUGACCAUCCCUCAACAAGGAAUUCCCCUGAAAAGCAAUUUGGUUAUUAGGGCAAGAUUAUCUGAGCAUUGUGGAUUAAACCUCUUGGUAAUAUCAUGUGUUUUAAUUGUACAAACUAUUAAUUUCUAGCUUUUUCAGGCUUCUAACCCGUUAAGUUAGUGGUUUAAACAUGUGUAGAGUUAAUCUGUCCCUUGCAGAAUUAUUCUGUUUGUGCUUGGUGAAAAUGGAAGAUAUAUUGUUAUUCCUUCUGCAGUUCUUUAAGCCCUCAUCUGCUGCAGACUAAAUUCUUCUCCAGGCAUUUACCGCCUCGCAAAUAAAUACAACAUUAAAGCUACUUGUAAAUUUACGGCACUUCUAACAUAGUGAAACAGCCCAACGCAUUUCAUGGGAACAGAAUGUGACACUAAUUCAUAUAAUGCCAUUUUAGGAUAGACGAGAGUCAAGAGUGUUUUAUUGUCAUAUGUCCCAAAACAGAAUGAAACGGAACAAAACAGGUCAAACAAAACUGAAUUUUACAAAUGUCUUGAGGAAGGCACAGAGGUACAGAGAGGCGUAGGGAGAGAAUUCCAGAACGGUUUCCAGAGAUGAAUGGUGAGCAAAUUUAACUUUGUUCUUUCGUAGGCUGAUUGUAAACUUUAACUUCAAUAUUAAUGAGGCUGUACUAGCAAUUCAGUUGAUGUAGAAUGAAUGGCGCUCUCCUUUUUAUUUACUGGACUACCAUAGAGGCACAAAUUCCAAGUGUUCAGGGUUAAAGCUAAACAAUCUGAACUACACUGGGGGAACAUCUAAAUGCAUGAAAGUUCUCUGAAACAUUUUUUUAAAUUGGAUUGACAAAGAAUUGUUGCCUAAUACACACAUCUUCAUUAAGUGGAUAGUAGGAAGACUUUGGAAGAAAAAAUGCACAUACAGUGCCCUCCAUAAUGUUUGGGACAAAGACCCACCAUUUAUUUAUUUGCCUCUGUACUCCACAAUUUGAGAUUUGUAAUAGAAAAAAAAUCACAUGUGGUUAAAGUGCACAUUGUCAGAUUUUAUUAAAGGGUAUUUUUAUACAUUUUGGUUUCACCAUGUAGAAAUUACAACAGUGUUUAUACACAGUCCUCCCAUUUCAGGGCACCAUAAUGUUUGGGACACUUCAAUGUCAUGUGAAUGAAAGCAGUAAUGUUUAGUAUUUUGUUGCAUAUCCUUUGCAUGCAAUGACUGUUUGAAGUCUGCGAUUCAAGACAUCACCAGUUGCUGGGUGGGAGUCUUCUCUGGUGAUGCUCUGUCAGGCCUGUAUUUCAGCCAUCUUUAGCUUAUGCUUGUUUUGGGGGCUAGUCUCUUUCAGUUUUCUCUACAGCAUAUAAAAGGCAUGCUCAAUUGGGUUCAUAUCAUGUGAUUGACUUGGCCACUCAGGAAUUCACCAUUAUUUAACUUUGAAAAACUCCUUUGUUGCUUUAGCAGUAUAUUUGGGAUCAUUGUCUUGCUGUAGAAUGAACCGCUGGCCAAUGAGUUUUGAGGCAUUUGUUUGAACUUGAGCAGAUAGGAUGUGUCUAUACACUUCAGAAUUCAUUAUACUACUACCAUCAGCAGUUGUAUCAUCAGUGAAGAUAAGUGAGCCAGUACCUUCAGCAGCCAUACAUGCCCGGCCAUAACAUCCGCACCACCGUGUUUCACACAUGAGGUGGUAUGCUUUGGAUUUUUGGCAGUUCCUUCUCUCCUCCAUACUUUGCUCUUGCCAUCACUCUGAUAUAAGUUAAUCUUUGUCUCAUCUGUCCACAAGACCUUUUUCCAGAACUGUGGUUGCUCUUUUAAGUACUUCUUGGCAAACUGUAACCUGGCCAUCCUAUUUUUGUGGCUAACCAGUGGUUUGCAUCUUGCAGUGCAGCCUCUGUAUUUCUGUUCAUGGAGUCUUCUGCGGACUGUGGUCAUUGACAAAUCCAUACCUGACUCCUGAAGAGUGUUUCUGAUCCGUCGGACAGAUGUUUGGGGAUUUUUCUUUAUUAUAGAGAGAAUUUCUCUGUCAUCAGAUGUGGAGGUCUUCCUUGGCCUGCCAGUCUCUUUGCAAUUAGUAGGCUCACCGGUGCUCCCUUUCUUCUUAAUGAUGUUCCAAACAGUUGAUUUUGGUAUGCCUAGUAAGGUUUGGCUGAUGUCUCUAACAGUUUUUCUUGUUUCUCAGUCUCAUAAUGGUUUCUUUGACUUUCAUUGGCACAACUUUGGUCCUCAUGUUGAUAAACAGCAAUAAAAGUUUCCAAAGGUCAUGGAAAGACUGGAGGAAAGACUAGGUGCUGAGAACUCUCUUAUACCUGCAUUAAACACAUCUGAGCAAUUACAAACACCUGUGAAGCCAUAUGUCCCAAACAUUAUGGUGCCCUGAAAUGGGGGGACUACGUAUAAACACUGCUGUAAUUUCUACAUGGUGAAACCAAAAUGUAUAAAAAUGGCCUUUAUUAAAAUCUGACAAUGUGCACUUUAAUCACAUGUGAUUUUUUUUAUUACACAUCUCAAAUUGUGGAGUACAGAGGCAAAUAAAUAAAUGAUGGGUCUUUGUCCCAAACAUUAUGGAGGGCACUGUAACUCAAAAUAUUUCCACAAACAGGAAAAUCCAUCCCUUCUAAAUACAGAAUUAAUGAAAUAAACAUUGUCUUCCUGUUGUGCUUUUUAAAAACCUCCAACUCUGCCAAUGUUCGACCAAAGACUUUGAACCUGUAAGUCUUUUGAGGACAUCUUGUCCAACAGCCUGGAUAUAACAAUACGAGGAACAAGUGGGAAGAAACAAAUGGUGGUGUAAUGAUCUCGUACCUUAAGGUGUCUUGAAUUCUUUGGGAAUAAGAUACAAUACAGUAUUUAAUCAAAUGGGAUGGGAAUUGCUUGUCUUUAGUGUAAUUAAAUUCAUUUUCUGCUGAAUUAAUUGGCCAUGCAGUUUGACAGCUCUGAUGCCUUCUCUGGUGGCUCAUGGUCCACAGGUCCCCAUUGAGCUGACAGCUUGACUUCAAACCAAUUUAAUUUUCAUCACUGAAGUUUAAAUUUCAGGUGAACACUUUCUAGACUAGUGCAUUUGUAGACGUUUGUGACCGUAUUUAUAAUAUACAGUCGGGGUAACUUCACCCUACACCUAAUUUUAUCUAUUUUUGUAAAUAACGCUGUCUGGUGCAGGAUAGUAGAUUUGACUGUGCACAUCUCUGAGUAUGAGAAGUUAGUAAACUUAACAUUACAGUAUUACAGCACUAUGCAGCUGUGCUAGUGGGACAGCGUCCUGUCUAAACUCUGCUUCUAGAGCCUAUGUCCACCCUUUGAAUGCCACAUCUGAAGUUGGAUCUUUUAUUAUGUAGAUGAUUUUAGCCCUUAUUUCAUCCUUAUGCAUCCCUGAAGCGUAUCACAAUAUUACAGGACAUAUUUAGAUGUACAGCCACUAACGAUGGCAAGGUCACCAACUAUGAAUGAUCCACGGGCCGUCAGGCUAAUAUUCAUCCUGCAUCGCAGGACUGUCAGUACCGCUCUGUGAGGCUUUGUGGAGUGACAGUGACUCACUGGGGUUUCCAGGAGUAACACCAAGACUUGCUGUUAGCACAUUCACACUUGCUACGCUUUGGCAGAAUUGACCCACUGAGACUCCAUGUAGACUUGCCAAAACGUACCAAAUCUCACCAGGAUAAAAUGGAGCUUCCUGCAAACUUAUGAACAUGGAUUUACAGUUUCCCAAUAAAUGGGUUCUGUUCAUUUUUUACCAAAUCUCUACUAAUUGUCUUCCGUGUGGGUUUGUUUGGGGUUUGGGAGAGUAUUGGUUAAAGAGAACAUUUGGUGGGAAAAUGGAGAUCGUUACUUGCAAAGUUUUCUGCCCUUUGCUUUUCAGCGUUCGAAUGCACACUCUACUGUUUUCCAUAUCUACAACUUUCUGCUUGAGAUGGAUCUCAAACAGACCCUAUAAUCUCUGUCUCUUUGCUUCUCUUCAUCUCUCUGUAAUCUACUUGCUGCUAUGAAUGAAGGCAGUGCAUGUUGCUAUAUAUCAGGCACUUCUGACGACCACCUAAAAUUGAGGGCUUUUGUGGGGGGUGGGGGAUGAGAAAUAUUUUAGUUUCAAUGGGUAAUCUGAUCUAAUUUGAUGCUAAUAUUUUAAAGAUAUAUACAGAAAAUGCCUCUCGAUGUGCUGGUAGCAAAAGAUGUUUUAACGACUCUGCUAUACUGUAGCCCCUAGCUCUGUAUAUAAGCAGCAUGUGAUACCUUCUUAAUCAGCAUGUCCAAACUGAUUACCUUGGAAUCUGCAUGAUAUUUGGAGUGAAAUUGGGUUCAAGUAUGCUAAAAGGAAGUAAGACUUGAUUUUGUAUUGAGGUGCCUGCAAUAUUGAGAGCGUCUUCGUGUGCAUGUAGAUAUAAAACGCUAUUAACCACUUUCUCCUGAUGAUGCUUAUAAAGUGAUACCACACACUACUGCCUCGCUCUGUUGAUUUACACAUCCAGCCUUUGAAUCGCAAGUCUGACCUUAAAUCUGUGGAAUAACAAGGAACUGCAGAUGCUGUUUUUUCUAGAGAUCGAGACAAAAUGCUGUAGUAACUCCGAGAGACUCCUCCCA